AUGUUAUCGUUACGCUUGCUGUCCAUGAUAUUGCUGGGGAUUCAAGUCGUUGCCUUUGUGUUUAUAAUAAUAAUUGCUGCAUUACUUGGUAGCUGGAUAUCGGACACUGAGAAAUUUCUGUCAGACUUUAUUGUUGAAUAUACAAACUUCAAAGGCUACUCGGUAAGCAUUCAUGGAUACCCAGCGGACGUAUACAUUGCGCUCAUAGUGACUGGCAUAUCGGUCAUAGUAGGCCUCCCUCUAUUAAUACCGGACGUCAUCAACCGUUUUAGACUCAACCUGUAUUUCGUCAUAAUGGAAGCGGUUCUUUCUGGUCUUUGGCUAGUUACCGCAAUAAUAAUAGCAACCGGUGCAGGAAUGACCGACGAAUUUUUCGCUAUUCGACUGGUUAAGCCUUAUUCUGACUACCUGUACCCGGACCAGCAGCCAUAUUUUCACUUUCUUGAGAAAGCGGCGAGCCUCGGUCAUGUUAUUGAAACCUUUGCGUUCCUUAAUGCUGCCAUUUGGGGAUGCGGUGCCCUGUUGCGCUUUCAAUUGAUGAGGUUGAUGAAGCGGAAAACGUUUAAUGAACGUAGAGGUACAAUUCCGGAACCAUAUAAGAUGGAUUCGAGCAGGAUUGAUGAGAACGCCGUUGGCAAUGUUGAUGAUGAAGAUGACGGUCAGUCGAAUGUAGUAACAGCACAGCAGUUGCACGAGCUAAGAUUGAAAAAAUUGCAAAGUGUCAAAGAUGAUGAGGAGAGUGAAGGAGAAAUGUUAAAAUUUGUGGAGAUUCAAGUACCCGUUCGACCCAAGAUUGAAUUCGGUGAGAAGUUUAAUAGUGCGAACCAGGGUUUCUCUGGAAAUAAAAAUGAAGAUAUUACACGCCCUUUUCCCGCACAGGUCCCCCCUCAGACACCGCCAAAGGAUGAGCGUGCGGCUAACGAGCGGCAUUUUUCAAAUAAUUCUUCGGGUUUCGUGGUAAACACUGUUUAA